AUGAAGAAGAAGGAGCAGCUCGAGAAGGGGCUGGCCGAGAUGAAGGAGCUGGGCAUGGGCGGCUUGACCAAGGGCCUCAGCUUCCUCCGGCAGAAGUCGUCGAGCUAUGGCCACCUCGACGAGGAGAAGCCGCCGCUUCCGACGGGCCGCACGAGCAGCUUCUCGACCAUGGCCGACAAGCCCAAGAUGAGCUACGACGAGCUCCUCUCGCUGAGCAUGAAGCUCACCAAGCAAAACCGAUCGAUCAAGAGCCAAAUGACGACAGCCUCCGACAAGCUCUUUCGGCUCACCGAGGUCGAGGCCAACUACAACGCGCUCGUGGCGUUCGUUACCGACGACAUUGGCCUCGACAUCGCCUUUGAGCCAUCGACCGAGGUCGACGACGCUCAAGUCGCCACCGAGGCAGCAAGCACCGACGCGCCGCCGCUCGACGCCGAAAAGGUCCUCGACACCACGGCCAUGCGGCAGCAGUACCAUUCGCGCGACGCUGCCCGGGAGCAGCACGUGCGAGAGAUGGAAACCCUCUACGUCCAAGAGAUCGCCAGUUUAAAGGCGCAGCUCGAGCAGCUGCGGCCAGCGUCGCCCCAGGACGAAGUCAGCAGCAGUGAGGCUGUCGUGUCGUCCGACGCCACGCUCCGAUUCGAGCUCGAGACGCUCAAGUCGAGUCUUGCCAUGGAGCGCCGGCUACGCGACGAGGCCGACAAGACGUGGCAAUCCAAGCUGAGCGAGAGUGAGGCCGCGAAAAGGUCCCUCCAGGACGCGCUGGCCAAAGCCCAAGCGACCGCUACGUCCCUCGCAACCCAGCUGGCGGCGGCCGAAACGACGGCGUCCUCGUACGCCGCCGACAUUCAAGCCCAGAUCACGGCCAAUGCGCAGCGGGAAGAGACCCUCUCGGCGCUCAAGCGGGAACUUCAAAACCAAACGCAAUGGACCCAAACGAUCGACGCGCUCGAGCUCAAUUUGCAGCAAAAGGGCGCCGACAUGGACAUGCUGAGCCAAAGUGUCGUGCGCCUCGAAGCCGAGGUGGCUGCCAAGUCCACCGAGCUGGCUACGAUCUCGGCCAAGCUCGCGACCGCCGAGCGGGAACGAAGCCAGCUCCAGGACCUCGCCGACACGGCCAUGGCCAAGCACACGCACUUGGAAGCGGAGCUGCGCGACUUUCAGGGUGUCGCUAACGCCAAGUCGCAGCUCGAGGCGGAAAGCACCAGCCUCCGUGCCGAGCUCGCCAGUGCUGUUGCCGCCGUCUUGGCCGACGCGCGCAAAAAUUGGUCCGAGCAAAAUGCCCUCGCCACGCGUCUCGCCGCCGAGAACCAACAGUACGCCGAGACGUGCGCGGGCCACGCCGCCGAAGUCGCGCAGUUGCAGCAGCAGCUUGCGCAGCUCAAAAGUCGCUUCAACGCGCUCUCGGACGAGCUCGCCGAAGCCAAGUCGCUGCUGCAGACGCAAACGCUCGAGUUUAAAGACGCGCUCACGUCUUCGAUGCACGAGGUGGCGACGCUCCAAGCCCAGGUCGCGACACAAGAGACGGCCUUCCACGACAUGCAAGCGUCGCUCACAGCCUCGGCGGCGGCCAACCUCCAAGCGCUUCAAGCGGCGCAUGCGGCCGAGGUCGACCGACUUGAAAGCGAUGCCCGCGCCAAGUCGAAACUGGCGCGGCAGCUCGUGCUGGAAAAGGAAGAGCAAGUCGCGUCGCUCUCGGCGCAGCUCACACAGCUCGAGCACGACGUCAAGUCGGGCGACGCCGACCAUCGGCGCAUCUUUGAACUCGCCAACGUCCAAGCACAGCGCGACGCGGUGCAGCGGUCGCGGGACUUCGAAGUCGCCGAGCUCACAAACGCCGUCGCGGCCAAGCAAGCCGAGAUCGAGAGUCUCAAGGCGCAGAUCAAAGUCAUGGAAGACGAGAUCGCCGUGCUGGUGCGCACCGAGCGCCGCGAAGGUGUCAACAUGGAGUACCUCAAGAACGUCGUCGUGCAGUUCAUGAGCUUCCGCCCAGGCUCGAGCCAGCAAGCCAAGCUCAUUCCGGUGCUCUCGACCCUCCUCCAAUUUUCGCCACAUGACGUGGACGAGGUCCGCGCCGCCACCAAGCGCUCGACCGCGUGGACGUCGUGGGGUGUUGAGAAGAAGCCGAUCAAGACGCUCGUGCCACCGCCGGCGAUCCUCAUUCCGCGUACCAAGGGUCCCCGCCCGGGUUCCCCCGGGGGGUCGGAGCCCCCGCUCGAGCCCGCGCGGCAAGGCAAGGUCCCCGAAACACAACGAGACGCCCCCUAUGCUACCACACCACAGUGA